UAAUGGAAAACUUAGGAUUAGGUUUUCAUAAAUCCUUUCUUUUUCUUUCCUUUUCUACUAUUCCACUAUUUCCUCGAUCCUUCCCUAAAUAUCACCGUCACCCUCGGCCGUCUUCACAACACCAUGGAGGAGGACACUCAUCGACCACGCCUUUUGCGGCUGUCGAUAGCUCAGCAGCCGUCGAGUUCAUGAUCCGGCGCUGAAGGUGAAAAUUUAUUUAUUAAAUGCCUUUUGUUUCAACUUUCUUCAAUUUCCUAUUUUCUUAUUUAAAAGAUCCUAGCGACCCGACCCGAACCAACCAGAUUCGGGUUCAUAUAAAAUCCUCCCCUCCUCCAUAUUUCUCAUUCCAUUCGAGAUUUUCUACGAACUGGAUUUUGCUUAAUCUUCAAACCCUAAGGAAGAUAUUGAAAAAACAAACAAUGUCUAGUAAGAAGGAAGAGAAGUCGCAAGCUGCUGCUGAAAGGAUUAAGGCUGCGGCUCUUAGUGCUGCAAAAGGUCUUAGUCGUGCUCAGGCCGAACGAGCAGCUGCGGCUGCUGCUCGGAAUGUUAAUGCUUAUGGGCAGAAGGAAGAAGGGCCUAGCAGAUGGCAGGAGAAAAGGGAAGCAAAGAGGCAGAUGUAUUUGAUGAGUACUGAAAAGGCAGUAAGAUUGGGUGAAAGAAAAGACAUUAAGGGCUCUAUGUCUAGUGCUGGUGGAGCUGCUGCACAAUGCCAGAAAUGUUAUCAGAUGGGACACUGGACCUACGAAUGCAAAAAUGAACGAGUUUACAUAUCUCGUCCAUCUCGAACUCAACAACUUAAAAAUCCAAAGCUGAGGAUGAAGAUGGAAGUCUCAUUGGAGUUGGACAACCCAGAUCCUGGUGAGGAGGAGAAGCCCAAGAAGCAUUCGAAGAACAAAAGUAAAAGAAAGCAUCGGUCCAAUGCAAAAUCCGAUAGCGAUAGUGAGGCCUCUGUGUUUGAGACUGAUAGUGGGUCCUCAUCAGUUACUGAAUCUGAUGAUUCUUCUGAAGAAAGCAGUUCAGAUUACAGUUCUUCAUCCGAAUCAGAGUGCGAAAGGAGUCGAAGAAGGAGAAAGAAGCAGAAGAGGGGGAGAAGAAAGAGGAGGUACAGUUCGUCUUCUGAUUCUUCUGAUUCAGACUCAAGGUCUGAAUCAGAAUCUGAUUCCGAUAAUGAACGUAGUAGGAGGAAGAGCCGACGACACAGCAGAAGACGCUAGUUAAGGUGGAUCGAGUGAAGCAGAUUAGAAUUGUCGAUAAAUCAUGGCAAUUGUAGUCAGUUUAGAGAUUUGUGUUUCAUUCAGUUUCUUGUUUGGGAAGAUCUGAAGUUUGGGGUUUCUUUUUUGAGUUUAGCGACUACUUCCUUUCCUUUGUUCUCAUCUUAUAGCUCUUAUGAAUGUAUAAAUUGUUGUUUAUGCUUUACUUCUAUAACUGUUAUGUUUACAUAUGUUUGUUCUUGAAUAAAUUAAGGUUAAUUGUUAAA